AUGAGACGAACGGAUCACAUGGCGAGCAUGACUCCGCGAGCGUUUAGGAGGGACUCGGAUGUCGUUCUAUCUAACGUCAGUCAUAAGGAACAUCUCUUCAAGUUCCUUAUUAUCGGCGAUUAUGGUGUCGGCAAAACUGCGCUGGUCAGAAGAUACACAGAAGGGAAGUUCUCCUCGAAUUACAAGAUUACCAUAGGCGCCGAUUUUGCGAUAAAAACGCUCGAUUGGGAUCCGCAAACUAAAAUAAACUUACAACUAUGGGACAUCGCUGGUCACGAGAGAUUUGGAUACAUGACGAGGGUUUAUUACAAAUACGCGGUAGCUGCGGCUCUCGUAUUCGAUAUCUCACGCGUGUCGACCUUCCAAUCGAUGAAGAAGUGGCUGAACGAUCUCAGAGAGAAGAUCGCGCUGCCGGAUGGUUCGGGUAUACCAGUCGUGCUCCUGGCAAAUAAGUGCGACAUAUCGGUCGCCGUGACCAACGAACAAAUCUCCAAGUUCUGCAGAGAGAACAAGAUACACGCUUGGUACGCGACUUCCGCGAAGAACAACACCAAUGUCGACACAGCGAUACGCUAUUUGGUGGAUAAGGUGCUAAGUUCGAGAAUUGACAACGGUAUACGGGAUUCAAUUCGAUUACGGCACGAUAGCACGUCGAAUCGUGAAAGAUCUAUGUGCUGCAAAUAGAACGAUGUAUACACGU